GUUGGGAAGUUGAUACUCGCAUCGUUGUUGUGAACCGAUGCAAGCUAGAAAGAUAUAAAAAAAUGUUCUUUAAAUGCAAACUAUCUAUACUGUUACUGAACAGUAAAAUGAUGCUAAUUAAAAAAAAACGUUGGAAACGGAUGAACCGCAAAUAAAUAUAUUUUUAAAGUUUUUAUUUUUUUAAGAUCAAGAUUAGGGAGGAAAACUUGGAUUAGUCCUUCGAAAUAUAACUUUUGCCGAAUUUAUAUUUUCAUUUAAUUACAGCUAUUCGAGAGAAUCACAUUUUGUUAGUAAAGUCAAAAUCAAUGAUGUUGCCUUGUUAUUGAAAUCCACUGGGAUAGGUAGUUGCGUCAAUAUCGUGGGUACGACAAGAAUGUCUUUUGUGUCAUGUAUGUUAUAAGGAUUGUGACAAAUUUGCAAAUUAUUCAUACUCACCGCUUAUUGACUCUUUAUGUAAUACCUGGGGGAAUAUGCGUAAUUUCCAAUUGCGGAUAUACUCGAGUAUUACAGUGAAACCUCCCUAUAGCGAAGAUCAUGGGGAAAUUUUCAUGGAAGGUCUUGCCAUUGGAGAUGAUAUUGUAUAGUGAACAGGCUGGUUUUGGAAGAAGGAGCCUUAAAACAACAUAUGUACCCAUGUACGACUUUCAUUUAAAAAUUAAUACAGAAUCGAAUUAAGAUUUCACAAAAAUGUAAUAUUUUAAAUUUUUACCAUAUAGUCUUAAGUAAAAUAUACGCAAACUUUUUACAAAUUUUACCUACUUUUUAUUGGGCGUUAACCGUUAUAGAAAGGUCAGUUAAAGGGGGUAAUAUAAGUUGGGACCUUAAAAAGACGUCCGUUAUAAAGAUGUGUCCGCUAUAAAUUGCGCGGUCUAUAGAAAAAACUUAUAGGGAAACCUUAGUUGAAUAACUUCCGGAAAAUACCUCAAUGCCGAGAAAUUUUUAAUUGAUUACAAAACAUGAAACAUAAUUAAAAAAAGCAUUUAUCCCAAAUUAAUUACACAUAAAAUAGCUAACAAUAAUAAAACUAAAUAGAGAAUAUACAUUUGAAAGGUUUUUUGAUGUUUUACCAUAGAUUCGGUUCUAUCUCCCCAGUUGAGUUAUUAUUUCCGAGGUAAUGCUUAGUGAAUGGGAAGUUCUGUUACCAUGAUUAUCAAUGCAUCCUUCGUUUUUCUUUACUGUUAGAAUGCUUAUGUGAAUUAAUAUGUGCUGAGAAAAAAUAUCAUUUGCAGAACUACGUUUGAGUAGUUAAGACUUUUAGUUGAUGUUGAGAGCUGUAUAUUUCAUCUUUCUAUUUUAGAGACAUGCGAACAAUAUGAGCUUUAUAAUUAACUCCUUCAUAUUCAUGAUGAUGUUAUCGUACGUUGUUCCAUCAGGAGAAGCGAAAGAGGAACAAAUGUUGGAAAAAAAGAUUCAUAAAGACAUUUUGACUGGUUACAAUUCGGACGUUCGACCAGAACCUGCACAUAAUGUACCUCUUCAUGUUCAUUUUGAUAACAGGCUACAAAAGUUGGUGGCGCUAAAUGUAAAGGAACAACUUUUCACUGUAAAUGCGUUUAUUCUUAUGAGAUGGACCGACCCUCAGCUUGCUUGGAACGUGUCUAAUUAUGACGGUAUCGAUAAAAUUAAUUUGGGAACAAAUUUGAUAUGGACUCCAGAUAUUAUGCUUUAUAACACAGCUCACGAAGAAAGUUUUGGCCAUUAUGAUUUAUACAAAACGAAAGCUUUGGUGUACAAUACCGGCGAGAUUGUGUGGACAGCACCGGUCACAUGGAGAGUCUCUUGUGCUUUUGAUGUCACGUGGUUUCCUGUCGAUAAACAGAUUUGCAACUUAACUUUUGGAUCUUGGUCGUAUAUGAGCGGUCAAAUACAAUUAUCUCCCUGGAAUGAAUCUUUAACGAAAGAACAAUUCCAACACGAGAAUUUCAUGAUUCAAAGCGGGGAGUGGCUUAUUGAGGAUUUUAAGUCAUAUAUACUUGACCUCAAAUAUGUCUGCUGUCCUGAUCCAUUUUCCGUCAUUGUCUACGAGAUCCAUGUGAAAAGAAUGUCCCUCUACUAUUUCCUGUACAUUAUUCUACCACUGAUAUCACAAGUUUUUCUUUUUCUAAUGAUCUUUCAUAUACCAACCGAAACAGGCGAAAGGAUGGGGUUCGGGGUCACUAUUUUACUCAGCAUAACGGUGUAUCUACUAGUCAUAUCAGAAAAGCUGCCAGAGAAGUCGGACGACAAACCCAUGCUUGGAAUUUGUUUCAUUUGUGAAUUCUAUAUACUCAGUGCGGCACUCGUGGCUUCAGCCAUCACAAUGAAUCUAGCCAAGAAGAAAACGGAUCCACCGAAUUAUUUAAAGGUAUUGACCGGUUUCUGUAAAAAAUCAUUUCGGAUACCCACUACUGCACCGGAAGCUAUGCCGAUGUGUGAAACAAACGGCCAGUCCCUCACAGAGGAUAAUAAUGGUUUGGUAAGUGUUAACAGCAAAUGUUGUAAACACUCCAUUUCAAGGAACUGGGUGGAGGAGAACAAUAACUUCGAAUGGCGAAGAAUUGUUAAUAUUUUGGAUAAGUACUUCUUCUAUACUUUCUUCCUUCUCGUGUUGUUCGUACCCGUAAUCAUUGUUUCGACACUGGAUCAUUCUCAUCUUGGCGCAUCGUAAAGAUAGAAAGAAAACCGAUUUUACGAUACGCUAAAUAUGGUAUUCUGAAGUACGAAAAUACAAUUUAAAAAUGUGUAUCUGAUAAAUAAACGGAAUAGCAUCUCAACAUAAAUCGUGACAUCGUGUCGUGUCGUAACGUAUUUCAACAGUUCAAAAUUGGGUAAUGUGGAGAGAAAUGUUCAAAGCAUUGAUUUUUCGUUGUGUAUCAGACAAAAAGUUGUUAUAUUUAUUUAAGUUUGUUUGGGAAAAAACUCUUUUUUUGUUAAA